AUGUCGAUGAUGUCGAUGGAUGAAAGAGGUGGAGAACAACAUCAUUUUGUGAGCCUCGAACAGAAGAUGUUUAAUACGGGACCGCAGGCGACGAAAGCAUUGCCGAUUGUGAGUCAUUUUUUGAGGGAGGGAAGGAAGGGUUUUGCAUGGGUUCAAAAUUUUGGAAGAAAAAUGUUCGCGAAUCUAGGCUUUUGAGUUGAAAAUCUCGUUUUUUUUUUCAAUUUCUGCGAUUUUUUUUUGAAUAUUUUGGAGAGCUUUUGAUCCGUGCCAUUUUUUCUCGAGAACUCUGAUAAAUUGAAUCUUUGCCACGUGUUUUUCGUGUAUAGAACUAACCAGGAAGGUUUCGAGCAAGUUCGUGAAUUCCAAAUUUUUUUCUGAAACAACAGACUGGUUGAAUAUUUAAGAACUGUAUUUUCAUGUUUUUUUUUAAAGUUCUCGGGGGAGCUCUGAAGUAUUUCGUUGAAUAGCUUCUUCGAAUGCAAAUUUGAGCUAUGCAUUUUUUCUUAUGACAAAAUCUCAUUGCAGUUCUGAAUUUCUUUGACAUCCAAACCAAACACCUCAGAAAUUCCCCAAUUUCUCCUGAAUUCACAACUUUACCACUUCAACUUUUCAACACAAAAUGUGUGUUUGUUUGAAAAGUCGUUGUUUGAAUAUAUGAACAUUUUUCGAAUGUCUUCAACUUUUUUUUCUUGUCGUCCGUUUUUGUCGUCUUCAUCUGCUUCGUUUUUUUUUUCGUGUCCCGUCCGUCUUAAUUUAAAAUGUCUUGUGUUGUAUGUGUGGAUGAAUGCUGAGGAGCGAAGAGAGCGAGGUCUCUCCUUUUGUCGUCGUCGUUUUUGUGCUUUGCCAAAAAUAUAUAUUAUGCACUACUUCUACUCGUCUUCUUCUUCCUAUCCUUUUUUGCCUCUUACUCGGACACAUUUAUACACUCACGCAUUUUCUUGUUGUUUUGCGGUCUUCUGCUUUUUUUUUGUUGUCGUCUCCUUCUGUUUGUUGUAUGGGAUCUGUGCUUGCUGUGUGUAUGUGUUCAUUUCUCAACUCGUUCGUUCGCCACCAAUACUUUUUACUCUCGCUGCUUCUUUUUUUUCAAGAAGGAAAGGAAGGCUAAACCAAUUUUUGUGUGGUUGUCGCCCUGAUCCAUUCUCUUUCAUUCAUAAAUCUCCUCUCCUCCCCCCUCCUCCCAUUUUUUUUUCGUCUCCUUGUCCAACAAUUUAUUAUAACUUUUCAUCUUUCCUUGUCAAGCUUUUUUGCAAAUAAGUGGUUUUUACUAGUUUAUUAUUAUGAGAUGUUGUAUGUUCAUACGGUUUUUCUCUCCUCUCUUCGUCAGAAAAAAUAGUGUCGAUUUGCUAUUUUUGUUUAUUUUCGUCUCUAUUGAUCGAUUACCAUAGUUAAUAGCGAAGAUAAAAGUGUAGAAUGAAUAGGAGGCGAAAAAAAGAAUGUGAGACAGGAGAAAAAAGGAAAGUGUGUAUAUUUAUGAGUGUGGUAACUUUUUAUUGUUUUUAUGAGUUGAUUCGUAUUGACGAAUAUUGAGAUGAGGAAAAUUUUUGUCUGAAUUCUAACAAAGAUCGGAGUUCGAACCCGUGACUCUUAGAUUGACAGCAGCCACCACUGAGCUCCUAUUCGUUGUCCAAAAUGUCGCAUUUCUGAUUUUCCGAAACUAUCGGAAUCUGAUAAUUGAGCUUUAUCCAGAUUUUUUUUUGAAAUUCACUUAGAUUUCCCGAAAACCGCUCCUCAUCCAUCAAUUUUUCUUCAAAGUCUCAAAAUCUAUAGAUUCACGAGGUUCAUUUUUUCGAUCCGAACAUGAAGAUGCAAAAAAAAUCAAAAUGUUUGUUCAUAUUUAAAAAAAAUUAUGGAAUGAGGCGUUAUAUUUACUUCCUGUUGGCUUUCAAACUAUAUACAUUCUCUAUUCAAAUAGGCUUCUUCAUUUUUUUUCGCCCCGUAAAAUUGAUUGGUAAUAAAUUGCGAAUCAAUGUCGUCCGUUGUUUGCAAUAUUCGUUUUUUUUGUGGUGUCGUCUUUUUCUCCUCGUGUUUUUUGUCUCCGUUUUCCUUCUUCUUCUUCUAGUACUCCUCACUCAUAAUGUGUGUCGUGUUCACUGAUUUCAUUCACUCGUAGCGGUUGGAAUAAAAAAAGAGUAGUUGUAGAUCGUUGCAAGGAAAAAGAAUGCGCCUCUAUCUAUCUCUCUAUCCCACAACAUAUUUUUUUUGAAUUCUCUGCGUCUCGCCGGGUUUUUUGCCUCUCGUAACACCGGCGACCUAUUCAACACUUGAACAUACACAUAUAUAUUUUGAUCGUCUUGGCGCUGCUGGUGCUGGUAAAAUGCAGUGCGACCUCUCUUUUCUUUCUUUUUUUAUACUGAUUCUUUUGGCUGUUUGUUCCUCGUUCUCGAAAAAUUUGUGUGAUUUUCGAAUUUCCUAUUAUUAUCAAUAGUGAAAGUUGGUUUCUGAAGAAGUACAUGAUAAUCAUUUUUUUCUCCUAUUAUCAGAAUUUUCGUACACAGUUCUAUUGAUUUUUUCGUACAAUGUACUUAAAAUGUUCGUUCUUGUUUCUCAGUUUUUGAUUAGAAUUCUAUUUUUUUCUCGAAAAAUAGCACACCCACUCUUUUCAUUUUUUUUCGUAUCAUACAAAAAGUCGGUCGAUUUUGCACUUUUAUUUCCAACACCUCUACCUACAUCUAGUUGUCAUUAUAUUACGAAAAAAAGACAACCAAAAAAACUGUUGAAUGUGAAGAAACUCGCAAAUUCUACUAUGCCAAAAAUACUAGGAAUGAAAAAAACAGGUUCUUGGGCUAUCUUCUCCCUGUCAUUCUUGUACAUUAUAAUUUAUUCAAACGCUAACCGUAUUAAAAAAUCGGAUCGAUAACUUUUUUUUUUUGAAAAAAAUUUCAUCUUGUUUCCACGUGGCCACGCUUUUGGUCUACGGCCAUUUUCGCGUUAUUUUUCGAAAUGGGUCCUGCCACGAAACCGUUUAUGCAGUUUUCCAAAGACAAGAUUUCUGUCAAAAAUAAAGCAUGUACCGUUAAACUGUGUACCGAUGGUUUUUGUUCACAUUUCAUAUUUUCCAAAAAUUAAUCCUCAAAGUUUUAUAAACGUUGAGGAGGUGUUUUUUAUUCAGUGUCGUCAAGGUAACAUGAUCCUGGUUGGUGUGGUGUUUUUUUUUCAUUUUUUGCUGCUCGUUCUUCUUCUCAUUCUGCUCAAUUAGUCGAGACCGACCGACGUUUUUUCUAUUUUUUGCCUUAUAUUAUUUUUUGUUGAGCGGCUCUCAAAAGUUUUUAAUAAAAAAAUAUGUGCCUAUCUGCGCGCUCUCAUCGGGUUGUGUGUAUAGAUAGAUAGAUUAUUUCGGUGUUGACAACAACAAGAAAAAACAACACACACACACAGAAAAAAAAUGGGAGGCAGCCGCUUAUUGGACUUUUCGGCUCUCCUUUUUUGCUUCUUCUUCUUCUCCUUCCAUUUUUUGUUGGCUUUAUUGAUUUGAAAUAGCAUCUUUUCAUUUUUUUCCCGCUUGCUUCUUCCAUGCCUGCUGACUUUUUGAACGUUUUUUUUUUGCUUUUUUCGAUGGAACGUGGUACCUUCAAUUUUGAAAAGUUCAUGAAUGAUUUAUUAUCACCUGAUUAAAUCGAUCGGGGAAUUUCGAACCUAAAGAUCAGUAUUACCAUAACUCAUUUAGAAAAAUCUUCUUAUUUUCUACAAUUAAUUCUAUCAGUUGGAUCUCUUGUUUUCUUCGACACGUUUGUUUUCGACCUCAACAUCAAAAAAGUUAUCGAUUGAUUGUGUGCCCUUUGUUGUUAUGUUGUGUUUUUAUUUUUUGCCCGUCGUCUACCUGGUCAUUUCUGACUAAUCCAUCCCGCCACACUUUUUUCCCCAUACCUACCUUUUUGGCGGUUGUUAUCUGAUUUUUCGUUGACAAAUAUCGAGGUGUAUAUGUGCAUCUUUUUUGCUUUCCUUCGAAAUGUGUCCAAAUUAACCAUGUGGUUAAUGUGUCCCGCCCAUUUUUAUUCACUAUUCACGUCUGCGUCUCUCCGAUUUGCACACUCUCUUUUAUUGUUUUACUCAUUGGCUCUUCACAUUCUUAUUUCAUUCAAUCUAACUAAUAAAAAUAUCUAUCUGUCUAUUUAUAAAUAUUGUUUAUAUGCAUAUAUUUAGAUUGAAAAAUUAUACCGAAAUAUUUUUUGGGUGUUCCGUUUUAGCUGACGUCACACAUUACUUCUAAUUUUUCUCUUCUCGUUUUGUGCUUCUUCUUCUUCUUUUCGCUCUUUCAUUCGUUCGUUCGGUUUUUUUAACACAUUGUGCGUUUUUUUGUGCCUUGGCCUCCUGUUUUUUGUUAGUUGGUUGUGGCUGGUUGAGAAAAAAAAAAAGAAAAAGGAGAAAAAAGAUAUUGAUUUUUCGCAAGGUUUUUAUUUGAAUUAUGUUUUUUUUUGUGGAUGCAAUGCAAAAAAAAGAGAAUGAAUGAGGAGCGAGAGAGGUCAUGUGAUUUCAGCCCCGACCCGAGGAGAAGGUAGUAUUGUUUUGUUGUUUCUCGGCAAUUUUCAAAGUUUUUUUCUCGCUGUUUUUUCGUAUUGAUUAGUUUUUUUCUAAUGAGAAGGUUUCGAAAUUUCAACUAUUAUUUGACAAACUAAUGAGUCAUAUUAAUCUUUCCGUUUUGGGAAUUCAGAAAAAAUUGAAAUCUAGAAUCUUCACUUUUAGAAAAUCCAACUUCAAUUUUUUAAGUUUAAAUUUUGGAGGAAAAAUUUUCUGAAAGUUCACUGUAAAUUAUUAUACACCACGAUUGAAAUAACAAUAGAUUUAUUAGCUACAUUUUAAAUAGAAAGAAAGAUAAAAAAACAAUAAAGUUGAGCUCUUUUAUAGCGAGCAUUGUGGGCGUUGUGUCAACAACAGUUUACAUUAAACUGUUAUUGAAUCUGACGUGUUGUAAUCGUACAAUUGGAUUCAAAUUGAGAAAGUUGAUAAAUUAUCAACAUUCCCGCCUCACAAAAUUGAAUAGUUGGUUGAGUUGAUCGAUUUGAUGUGGUUGAGUUGAGUGGAACCAAUACUAGUGAUCUGGUUUGCCACUUUGUUGAUGUACGACAGGUUCUGUGCUUGACCAUAUUGUCGUUUGAGGAUUUGUGAUAUUCGUUUCCUUUGAUAGGAAUACCACUCGAUGUGUUCGGCCAUAAAUCGUUUAUGUCCAGAUUGCCUACCCAAGUGUAGGACUUUGCAUUAUGUGCAGUUUUGUUGAGCUGCCACAUAUCAUGAAGUUGAUGUUGAGUCAACCCUCCCCACCACAAAGAGAGAAAUUGACAUUGUUUUACCUCAUCCAGAUUCGAAUUAUCUGAACUGAGGGAUCUUCUUCGUAGACCAAUAACUACAUAUCGAACUCGACUCGAAUCGUUUAGUGACGGCUUGCUUGGUUCAUUAUUGAGUGAAAUAUUGAAGCCUAAGUGUUCAAUCAUUUCCUUGUCUCCUCGAUAAUGACUUUUCACUCUCCAAUCUCGUUUUCAUUCGACGUUACUUCUACUCGUAGGUGUUUUUCGUCCUGCCACGCGGGUCUUCUUCUCGAAAUCGACCACCAAUUAGGUCGAUGCACCAUGUAAAUUAUUAUACACCACGAUUGAAAUAACAAUAGAUUUAUUAGCUACAUUUUAAAUAGAAAGAAAGAUAAAAAAACAAUAAAGUUGAGCUCUUUUAUAGCGAGCAUUGUGGGCGUUGUGUCAACAACAGUUUACAUUAAACUGUUAUUGAAUCUGACGUGUUGUAAUCGUACAAUUGGAUUCAAAUUGAGAAAGUUGAUAAAUUAUCAACAUUCACAAACUUGAUGAAAAACCACUUGGCGAUAUUUGUUAAAUUUAAAAUUUCGUGCCUUUAGUUUUCAAAUUCAAAUUUUUUGAAAACUUCGGCAGGUAUCUUUUUCGCCCAUCCCACUAAAUUGGAACUUUUUCAAAUACACGUGAUUCUGUUUUUUUCUCAAUUUUUUUGUUCCCUACAGUAUAGUUUGUCGAUAAUUACAAGUUAUAUGUACAAUCCUAUCCCCCCCCCUUUUCUAAUUUUUGGCUCUUCUCAUUUAACACCUUGUAUUGCUGCUCUUUUUUUGGCGAUUGCGCAAUUUCUGAUGCGUUGCGUGUGUGCGUCGCGCGCUUGGAAACUUUAAGCGUUAUUUUGUUGUUAUUGUUGAUAAUAAUAGUGCUUAUUUAUUUAUAUAUAAUAUUAUAUUUUGCAGGCUCAAAGUCUCAACGGAUCAUCAUCCGGUGAACACAAUAAUUAUCCAAUAAAUAGUCUUCCACCACAUCACCAACCACAACAGCAUAACAUCGUGAGUGGCGGCGGAGGACAAGCAACAACAAUGGCAACUGGUGAUACGGGUCAUGCUGGGGUUAGUUUUUAAGGGGUUUUUUGGGCUGGGGUUUUAAAAAUUGGCUUAAAAUUUGUUUGUUGAAAAUACCAAAUCAGUUUUCGAGAAAAUAAUGAAUUUUCUCAUAGAAAAUUUAUGAAAUUUACAAAUUUUCAGUUUUCUAAUAAAAAUUUGAUAGCCAAAAAAGUUUUUUUUGAAUUUUUCAAUAAGAUCUUCUGAGAUUGAAACCAAACUUCCGGUCAAAAUUAUGAGAAAUGUCAUGCAGAUUUUAAAAGGUUUUUGAACCUUUAAGUAUUUUGUAUUUAAAAAAUUAUUUUUUGAGAAAAACCCCAAUUUUAUAUUUUUAAAACUCAACAAAUACUGAACUGUAGAAAUUUUGAAUACAAAAAAUAAUAAUAUCUCAGAGAUUCGCUGGCCAGCUCGCCACCAGGUGGGGAGGCUGGCUGACCUGGGAACCACAUGGAAACCAUGUCGCCCGGUUUUUUCGCUGGCAAGGUGGCCAGGCUCUGGCUAGGUCACGGCCACAUGGCUACCACGUGGUGGCCACUUCGCCUCGUGAAAAUGAAUUUUCAUGAAAAUGUCUGAAAAACUUGUGAAUCGAGGCAUUUUCGAAAAAUUUGGCUCAUUUUCUGUUUUUUCGCAGCACUUGAAACCUUAGGAAGUCAAAAAAACAGUAGAAAAUGCAGUGUUUUGAGUACAAACCACUGUCUUGCCAGCUUUCCAGAAUUUCAAACACACAGGCAACGUCGCCGGAAAACUCAAGGCGACCUGGCGGCCAUGCGGUUUCCAGGUGGCCGCAGCGAUCUGGUGGCGAGCUGGCCAGCGAAUCUCUGAGAUUAGCCGUCUCGAUUUUCAACAUCUCCAAUAUAAGUCUCUAAUUUUUUUCCAGAAUGUAACAUAUAUGCAAACGGGAAUGUUAAACGCGCCGGGUGUUUCCUCUCAUCAAUACUUAUCCACAAAUCAUCAAAUUCAACACCAUUCCACUCCAUCAACAUCGAUGUUGCAACAACAUCCGUCACAACAUCAAUUACUGCAGCAACAACAAAAUCUUAAUGGAAAUGGAUCGACGAUUAUGCGAUCUUCGCCAACAAAUGAUAUGAAUCAAUGUUUGCAGCCAGUAUCAGAAGAUUCGAUCGAUGGAACACUUCGAGAAUUUGCACCCGUUCAUCAUUUACAGCAUAUGCAUCAUAUUCAGCAGCAACAACAAUAUUCGAUGCAGCAAAUGGUUUGUUUUUUAUUGAUUAAUAAGUUUUUCAACUGUAUAAUUUAGCAGGGUCCACCUACGCCUUCAUAUCAACAAACACAACAGCAACAUUUACAACAUUUGCAGCAACAUAAUGUGAGUCAUUAUAUUUUUUUUUGGAAAAAAUAUGAAACAAUGCCGAAAGUACACUUGUUAUUGAUUAUUUUUAGAACUAGAAAUAUUUCGAAAUUUUGAACAAGGCAAGUUCACGUUGAAAAUGGUUUUUUUCAAUUAUCUUGAAAUUUUGAUAAAGUUACAGUAACUUGGUAUUUUCCCAGUAAACCAUUUCCAUUCUGAAAAAUUGAGGAGAUUUAUUUUUCUAUAAAUGCUCACCCAUUUUUUCUUGUCUUUUUCUCCCCUUAAAAAAAUCAGAGAACUCUAACAGAUUGAAUAAUUCGAUCACGUACGUGAACGUCACAAUUUCUAAUCAUUUAUGAUUUCAGCAAUAUCAACAAAACCCUGUAAUGUAUACACAACAAGCUCAACCACAAAACCAACAGCAGCAACUGCAGAAUCAACCUCAACAAACAACCUCAAUGCAACAUAUAAAUGAAUCAUCGAAUUUGUCAUCAGCUGGAAGUAUAUCAGAUCGAGAACCCGAACAAGGCGGAACACCAAAUCGACCCGUCGCACCACAAUCUUCAACAACAACCGAGAAAAAGGCGCGAAAACGACGGCGAAUCGGAGGAGAGGAUGGACAUGCGACACCGAAACAAGAGAGAAAAAUUACGGAAUUUAUCAAUAAACAACAUUCGCAAGCGUCGCCGAAGAGGUUUUUGUCAUCGAAUACGGGAAAUAUUCAACAGCAGCAGCCGCAGCAAUUUGCAACAGACUGGAAAUGUGUCAAAUGGCUCGAAUAGUUAUGGAGCUGGAGGAAAUGGAAAUGGGAGUGGAACAUCAAAUGAUCAUACGAGUAUUGCACAACAACAUGAUGUGGUAAGUCGGGUUAUUUAAAUUUUAUGAAUUUGGGAACCGAGAAUAAAUAAAUAAAUAAAUGCCAGAUUCCCAACAAAAUAAAAUAAAAACUUUCAGUAUUGGACAAUGACGAAUAAUCAUCGAGCAACACCGACUCCAACACAACAACAGCAACAUUAUUCAUCGUCGGAUUCAAAUUCGAACUCGAAUCAAUCGCCGCCUGGACAACGAAUGGUUCGAAUGAUUGAUGAAGAGACACAGACUGAAGCUGGAACUCAGGUGAGGGAUUUUUUGAGAAGGGUUUUUUUGGCUGGUUCCAUACCUCUGUUUUUGAAAAUUUCCGACCUUUUUUUCAUUUUCAGCUAUAUCAAAAUUUGAAAAUCUUUUAACGAAGCCUAAGCUCAAAAUUACUUAUUUUCGGGUAAAAGCGAGAGAUUUGAUGUUCUCCUCUAGAAAAUCCCAAAAGUUAAAUGUCGUGCUUUUUUAAUACAAAAAGCACGACAUUUCAUGGAUUUUCCUCUUAAAAACCUUCAAUUUUCGAAUUUUCACGUCAUAGAUAAAUUUAUACUAGUUUUUCCGGCUCAAAUUCUCAUUUCCAGCGAUUUUGCGUCAAAUUUUGACUCAAAUUCUAGUUUUUCAAAAACAAAAAAAAUACGUUUCAAAAUUUUGAUAUAAUUUUUUAUCAAAUAUUUUUUUCAAUGCAAAAAUCACAACAUUUCAUGGAUUUUUCCCCUAAAACUCUUCUAUUCUCGAAUUGCCACGUCAUAGAUGAAUAUAUACCAGUUUUUCAGCAAUUUUGACUCAAAUUCUAGUUUUUAAAAACAAAGAAAAAUACGUUUCAAAAUUUUGAUAUAAUUUUUAAUAAAAUAUUUUUUUCAAUGAGGUUUUUUUUCAUCUCUUAACAUUCUAUUUUUCCAGAGCAAUGCAUCAUCGGCAGACGAAAUAGCAAAACGCGAUCGAGUAAUCGAUGAUUUCCGACGACAAAUCGACGAAUUGCAAGCAAAAUUCUCAAAUGAAAGACGGAAAAAUGAGGCGAGCAAAGAGACAAUAAAACGAUUGUUGAUUGAGAAGAAUUUCAUCGAACGGAAAUCAUUGCGAGAUAAAACGACUGCAGAUACACCAAGAAUUGGAUGCUUCAAAACUAUGAGAACUGGCGACUCGUUUAGAGAUCAAUGGGUAUGUUUCUAUCAUUUAUCAUAUUUGUUUGUUAUAUUUUUCUAUGCCCAUUUUUUUGCAGACCGAUGGAUAUGCUUUUGAUGAAUUGGAAAAGAAACAACAAAACAUUACUGCUGAAAGAAAUGAGAUUGUAAAUGCUUCGGCUUUGUUGAAAAAACGAAAACCGUUGGGAAUCGGAAAAGAAGGAACGAAAAGAUCAGCAGCGAAUUCGUUGAAUUUGGAUGCGUCGACAAAUGGAAUGCAACCAUCAACAUCUUCGACUGCAAAUGGAGAUGAUGCGAUUUUCCGAAGACCAGAAGAACCAAAAGAAAUCAAUUAUCAAGAAUAUAUCGAGUUGGAUGAGAUCUAUAAACUUCGCCGUGAACAUUUGAAAAAAGAAGAAAUGGAUUUGCAAAUUGAAAGAGAGAAAUUAGAUCGAGAAAGACAAUUGCAUAUUCGAGAAUUGAAACGAGCAUCAAAUGAAUCGGCAUCGACUUAUAAAGAUCAUUCAUUGCUCAAUAAACGAUAUUUGAUGUUAUGUUUAUUGGGAAAAGGUGGAUUUAGUGAAGUAUGGAAAGCAUUUGAUAUUGAAGAAAAUCGAUAUGUCGCUUGUAAAAUUCAUCAUGUGAAUAAAGACUGGAAAGAGGAAAAGAAGGCGAAUUAUGUGAAACAUGCGAUGCGCGAAAAAGAUAUUCACAAAUCAUUGGAUCAUUGUCGAAUCGUCAAAUUGUACGAUUUGUUUACCAUUGACAAUCACUCAUUUUGCACAGUUUUGGAAUAUUGUCCGGGAAAUGAUUUGGACUUUUAUCUCAAGCAAAACAAGCAGAUUAGCGAAAAAGAGGCGAGAAGUAUUAUUAUGCAAGUUGUGUCUGCUCUUGUAUAUUUGAAUGAGAAAAAAGAUCCGAUUAUUCAUUAUGAUUUGAAGCCGGCAAAUAUUUUGUUGGAAUCUGGAAAUGCGUGUGGUGCUAUUAAGGUAUGUUUUUUGUGAUUUUUCAUCAUAUUUUCAAUAGUUUGCCCUGUCAUAACUCUUUUUUUUUCAAAUUUAACAGCAAUCUUUUUCCUCCUCAUCUGAAAUUUGAAGCCGGAAAUUUAGAAAAUAACUACUAAAAUCAAUUUGCCACGUCAUAGCUCAAAUCCGUCUAUAAACUUUUGUUGUUGAAUUUUUUUUUCAAAAUUUGAAGAAUUUCUAAUUCUACUGAAGAUAUUCUUCUUCAAUUUGAGAAAAAAACAUCAUAUUUUGAAUAUUAAACAUUUUUUCAACAAUUUCAUUUUUCCAGAUAACCGAUUUUGGUCUCUCAAAAAUCAUGGAAGGUUCCGAAGCCGACAAUGAUCACGAUGGAAUCGAGCUAACCUCUCAAUUCGCCGGAACCUAUUGGUAUUUGCCACCCGAAACCUUCAUCGUUCCACCACCCAAAAUCACGUGUAAAGUUGAUGUUUGGAGCAUUGGUGUCAUAUUCUAUCAAUGCAUUUAUGGCAAAAAACCGUUUGGCAACGAAUUGACGCAGCAAAAGAUUUUGGAAUAUAACACGAUUAUUAAUGCGCGCGAAGUGUCGUUCCCGGCAAAACCACCGGUUUCACCAGUUGCUCAAGACUUCAUACGAAGAUGUUUGCAAUACAAAAAAGAGGAACGUGCUGAUGUUUUUGAACUCGCAAAGCACGAACUUUUUAGACCAAGAGGAGCUGUAAGUUUUUUUGGGAGGAAAUAGUUUUGAAAAAAAAUUAGAAUCAGAUUUUUGUCAGAAAUAAAUUGAAACUAAACCUUUCUUAAAUUUUUGAAUAUCAAAAUAAUUAUCCGAUCCCCUUUAUUUUAUUUGAGGGUCUUUUUUGUCGAAAUCUUGGAAAUUUUAUAUUUUCAUGCAUUGCUCAGGUUAUGCCUAGAUUUAUUCCAAAGCUCUAAAAUUGAAUUUUUCUUUUCUCAUUUGAAAUUGAAAUUUGAAGCAUUGCUCAUACUAGUUUUUUCCCUCAAAAAUAAGCUUUUCAUUUUUUCAGACUCGAUCUUCUGCUGCUGGCUCGAUAAAUUCUCCAAGUAUUCCACGAAGUCCAUCAGUAAAUCGCGAAGAUGAUGCCUAA